AUGCGCAACUACGGCUUCUUCGUUUCCGUCUGCCUCGUUGCCUCUGCGGCCGGCACCGCUGCUAAGGGAGUUUGGGCCACACCACACGACAGCUACUCGUCCUCCGUUGGCGUUCUAGGCUGUAAGAUCAACACUAACCGUGUCGCGUACUGGCCUGGCUCUGUCGACUGCGACAACUUCUGCGUCAAGCUUACAUAUGAGGGUCGCUCCGUGCAUCUGCUGCGCAUCGACCAGUCUGGAGGCGCAUACGACAUCAGCUACGAUGCCUGGGUCUAUCUACAGACAGGCGAGUCGGCUACCGCUGACCCUAUCUCUGGAGGGACUGUUGCGAUGGAGUACGAGGAGGUAGAUGCAUCUGAAUGCGCCGACCUCAUCCACACCGAUGGCGCCAAAGUGCCGCUCAGCGCAUCCAACAGCAUGAACUUCUUGACCAGCUGCCUUGCUCAGCCUGACAGCUAUAUUGCAAAGAACCACGUGCUCUACAAUAUCUGCGACGCCAUCUGCUCCCUAGGCUAUGACGAAGAGUGUACCCUCGAUUUGGCUACCAGCAACCAGCCCAGCUGCCCUCACACACUUGGCCUAACCAGCAAGCUGACUAGCGCUCAUGUCUACAACAUCGCAUACCAGACUGGCGAGACCACUGACGCUAGCACUGGCGAAGUCGUGACUGCCGUCGAUAGCGGUUCUAGUAGCGACUCUGAUUCCGGUUCGGAUUCAGAUUCAGAUUCUGAUGAUACUUCGGGUUCUGAUAGUGGAUCAACUACCGAAGUUGCCAUCACCUCGAGUGCUAGCCCAAGUGCGACUCCAGGCGUGUUCUUCGAAGUCAGCACGACCACAACAACGACGCCUACAGUCCAGACCACCACUUCGGUCUCGACUGAAGCACCCACGACUCUGUACUCCGUCGUCGCCGCUAGCACUGAGCAGCCAAAUGUUGUUGAGACAUCAACUUCCGUUACCCCAGAGCCCACAACUGUCGCUACGACCUCAACUGCCAUUUCCAGCCAGACUACUUUCAGCAGCCAGAUCGUCGUAAACACGACUGCGACAAGGGGUGCCACCACACUCUCACUGGUCACAGCCUCCGGCAGCCCAAGCUCUACCAGCAGCAGUCCUUCCAGCUCGCCUACCGUCGAGGUCACGAAUGCCGGACAUGCGCGAACAGUCGUGCCAUCGCUGGUGCUAGCCGCCAGCUUCGUACCUUUCUUGGUGUUUGGCUUGUUUUAG